AUGAAUCAUCCACAAUAUUCAUCGCCUUCAGAAUCAAAGAACCAGUUGACACCUGGCAAUCAUGAUUCAAAAUCUCGAGUUGCCAACCAUUCAUCAUCUUCAAGCUUCUUGAUAGAACCUGUCAAAAAUCAAAGCUCAGCAAUUGGGAAUUCAUUCACUCUACCAACAACAGCUACUACGACCACUCAACCAUUUAACAGUAAUCUUCAUGUCGAUAUUUCUUCUUCAUUGAAUUCUUUAAACUUUUCCACUCAAUCCUCACAACAAGCUCAACAACCAUCCAAUGAUAGCACUUUUGAAAUUGGUUCACUUCAUCAACUUGCCAUCCACAACAUUCCUCCUCAUGAUCAUCAUCAGCAGAAUGCAACAACCACAAGAUCAUCCAUCUAUCAUCACGAACCUUUCUUGGUUGGUUGCUUUCCAAGACAUUCUCAAGCCUUAACACCCCAACAAGUGUUGUCGUUUGAAGAGAGUCAUCAACAUUCGAAAAGUGGAACCAAUCAAGAAGAAUUGACAACACCUGUCAUGCAGUUACCAUCCAUAGAUGAGUGGUAUCAUCAAAACUCAGAGAAUGGUCCCAUUUCUACUACUGGUAGAUUGGAGAAUAAGAAUGACAAGUUGUCCAGGUUCAUGCCACCAUCCACAUCCACUUCAAAUAUUAAGAAGAGAAAAAUUGAAAAUCUUGUGCAUGGGGAUGAUCAGAUCCAACAGGAUGAUAAUGAUCAGAAGGAUGAUCCAAAACAACCAGUGGUGUCUGGUGCUAGUCUGCCUCUGACCAAUUCCAACACCCCUCCUCCUGUAAUAUCAAGUUUCACAAAAUUAGGUGAUGCACCGACAGGAAUGGAAACCAUGACCUCGAUGCAAACAAAUACCGUCGUCAUGACCAACAACAAUAACAACAACAAGAAUUAUCUCUCAAGCAGUGGUCAUGAUCGUUCUAUGGAUCGAAGGACUCUACAUGUUGAAUCAGAAGCAUCGUUUGGUUUUUUAAAAAACCAUCAUUCACAUGCUGUGGACACACCACAACCACAUGGACACAAGAUUAGUCAAAGUGGACACUUGGAAACACCUUCUUCAGCAACAGCAACAACAACAACAACUGCAACACAACCGUUGAUUCUCUCCGAACAUCAUGUGGUAGAGAAUCCUCAAUCCAUGACCAUGAUUGGCAUGUCAUCCACGACUCCAACUGUUUAUCAUCAACAAGCACAACAACAACAACAAGCACAACAACAACAACAACAAGCACAACAACAACAACAACAACCAACCAAUCAUCCAACACGACAUGUGUCCAUGAACAACAGCAGCAGCAACAUCAACAAUAAUUCUCAACCAAUGACAAGUCCAUACUUGUAUUCUGAUUUUACACAUGUGAACCCAAAUGACGAAUGGACGAUGAAGAAUGAAAAAAACAUUUCUGUUCAACAAGCACAACAACAACAAUUUCAAGUCAUGAAUUUUUCAUUUCCCAUUUCGAAUUAUCUUACACAACAGCAGCAGCAAAUAUCGACGAAGAAUGAAGCAGUUUCGAAUAUGUAUAUUACUUCAACUCAGUCAUGCAACAUGUCGCAGCAGGCAAGUCAGGUUGGACAACAUGCAAUGACAAGUGGCAUGAUUUUUACACAAGCUUCUUCAUCCUCUUCUUCACCUUUAAUUCCAUCCAAUGCUCAGGCAUCUCCCAGCCCAAGAAUGAAAAAACCAAGAAAAUCCAAAUCCUCUUCUUCAACAUCUGUCACUACUCAAAAUGAAAUUUCUUCUCCAAAACCUUCCAACCAUUCUUCCUCCACUCGUUUCCCAGUAAAAUACAACAUUAUCAUUCCCUCUUCCAAUCCACAACAACAACAACUAGUCGAUUCCAAUUCCAAUAAUUCAUCUCCAAGAAAUCAAACUUCCAGACGUCGAAAAUCAUCACCGACUGUCAUUACCAAUCCUACGAAUGAUUUUCUCAUGCAAAAUGAAUAUGAACAAUUCAAUAAGGGAGAACAUGAUAUUCAGAGAAAAGCAAAAGGAGAGAAAAUUAUUAAAUAUACACAUUAUAAAUUUUGA